AUGAAUUCUUACAGAGACUCGUAUUACCAAUUUCAACAUUUUGAUGAAAGUUUCCAUUGCCUGUAUUACGAAUGGAAUAGAGACGAAUUUCCCUUAACGGAGGAGGAGAUAGGUGGUGAUAAUGGCCAAAAUAGCAAUUUAAAUGUUGAUAAUAAUGUUGAUGGUAAUAAUGUGGGUAUUAACAAUAGUGGUGUAAAUGGUAAUACAAGUAAUCACCCGAAGAAUACUAAUGGUACUAAUGGUAAUGGUGAUACAUUAAGUAGUAAUCAGGCAUAUUGGGAUUAUUUCCAUGAUGAAGAGGAUUGGGAAUUGUUUAAAGGUAUGCAGCUUGAUAGUAAUGGUGUGGUGACUUUUAACUUUGUCAAUGAAGAGAUUGACUUCAAUUGUACUAGUCCAGACAAAGAAAUCAACAAUUUUGACGUAACUGAUCCUAGUAAUACAAAUUUUAUAGCCACAAAUGGUAUUGACAUGACGAUGAUGACAGCGUCAAACGUGGAACAAAUAGGUGGUAGUGAUAAUACAUUUAUUGAUUCAAGUAACGGACAGCCUGUCCCAAGAGGAUAUCAGCCAAAGCAACACUUUGCGAUGGUGCCAGACACGAUCACAGGAUCAAUAUUUAAUAGACAACGAGGGGUUAUAAGAAUUGCAAGGCAACAAAACAGUUCUUGGAAGGACUGGACACUAAGAUGA